ACAGUCCAAAUUCUUUUGGCCAGCAUACUAACCACAACCACAACCACAACCAAAAGAGAAGGAAGAUGGAGAUCGAGGAGGAGAAGACGAAGGAGAAGGAGACGAAGAACUACGAGGAGGAAGAAGAAGGACCAUCGAGGAACCAAGAGAACAAGAAGAUCCUGGUCGAAGAGGAACACCAACAACAACAACAGAUCACCAUCCUCUCUCAGACCCCCGAAUCACAACACUCCACCUCAAGCACAUCGAUCACUCCUAUCACGCCUGCCGAAGAGCUCGUCAGCUGCCUGCCUUCCGCAUCGUCUUCGGCUCUCAAAACAAGUAGCAACAAGCCACGAAAAUCGAAAGGGAAGGAGAAGGAUGGGGUCCCAGAACACGUCCAAUUGAUCUCCGACCUCCCGCAAGCUAAUCAUCAAGCCUUGGAAACGUUCACUCAGAUCGACCAGAAUUGGUACCAAAAUAAGUCCCUAGGGACCACCAAACAACUCGAAGAUGCGAUGGUCUGUGACUGCACAUGGACCCCUGGCGACGAUCCGAGUUGGGCGUGUAGCGAACACAGCGGAUGCAUCAAUUACUUGACCCAGAUCGAGUGUCUUCAAGACCAAUGUCGAUGUCGCGAGAAAUGCCAAAACCAACGGUUUCAAAAGCGGCUUUAUGCGCCGAUCGAGAUCGUUCUGACCCCCAAGAAAGGGUUCGGAAUGCGGCUCCAAGCCGAUGUUCCAAAGGACACGUUCGUGUAUGAGUAUCUGGGCGAAGUGAUCGGGGUGAAAGCGCUACACAAGAGACUAAAAGAUUACGGCCAAGAAGGGAUCAAGCAUUUCUACUUCAUGGAGCUACAGAAAGACCAAUAUAUAGAUGCGACCAAGAAAGGCGGGUUCGGCAGAUUCCUCAAUCACUCGUGUAAUCCCAACUGUUAUAUUGGGAAAUGGGUCGUGGGGCGGCAGUUGAGGAUGGGCAUCUUCACCAAACGGGCCGUCAGGGGCGGCGAAGAACUCACGUUUAAUUACAACGUCGAUCGUUAUGGUCAUGAGGCGCAAGAAUGUUUCUGUGGUGAAGCUAAUUGCGUCGGCUUCCUGGGCGGGAAAACUCAGACUGAUCUAGGAGCAAUGGAUGAACUAUACAUCGAUGCUUUGGGGAUUGUGGAUGAUGUGGAGAACUUGAACUUGAAAGGUAGUAAGACGAAGAAGUCUAAGAGCAUGGACAUUGAUUACAUGCCGGUAAUGAAACCUAUCCCGCUCAAAGAUGUGCCUAAAGUGGCUGCAGCCAUCCGACAAUCAACCUCUAAUCGAAAGAUACUAUCGAAACUACUUCGGAGAAUAAUGAUCACGACGGAUCAGGCUGUUCAGAAACAGUUGAUGAGAUUACAUGGGUUUAGUUUGAUGAGUAUGAUCUUGAACGAGUAUCUAUCUGACCAAGAGAUUGUUCAAACGAUUUUAGAGAUUUUGUUGAAAUGGCCUUUGAUCACUAAGAAUAAAAUCGUGUCGACUAAUAUCGAAGAGACUGUUAUGAAGCUCUCGGAUAAUCCUUCUGAAGUCAUUCAGACUUUGGCUGCUGAGGUAAUUAAAAUGUGGGUGGCUUUAGAAGUUUCGUAUCGGAUUCCGAAGGAUAAAAAAAAUGGAGAGGUAGCGGAUGGUAGUAAACGUAAAGCGGAGGCACUAUUAGACCAAAUAUUCUCAAAACGAUUGCGAGAUAGUAAUGCUCGGAAGGAUAUUGGUGGCUUGAAGCUAGUAUCCGAGAAAGCGUUCAUCAGACCGGAAGCGGCGAAGCGUAUAGACCCGCAGACGAUCAAGCCCGAGAAUCUGACGCUUCCGCCGGAUUGGGCGUUCGAGCGGACGGCGGAAGGCAGGCCGUACUACUACCAUGUGGCCAUCCGAGAGACCCAAUGGACCGUGCCCACGGCCGCAGACGUGGCCCUGAUGGAUCGGCGACUGGCCGAACAAAUCGCUAGGCAGAAGGCCGCCGCCGCUAACGUCGAAGAUAUCGUCGCGAAAGCUAAGGCUGAGGCUGAGGAAAUUCGCAAAGCUAGCGAGGCUCAACGGGCGUCUGAGGAGGCCGAAAAGGCUAGACUGAAAUCCCUGCACUCCGAUCGUAAAGAUAAACUCCGCCCUUCUCGAUCUUCCUCCUCUCAUCAUCAUAAUCAUCAUCAUCAUCAUCAUCAUCAUAGGAAAAAAAAUUCAAAGGAACUCCCCUCUGGGGGGUCUGCAAAAGCCUCCUCCAGUGACUUGAAAAACGAGAUCAAUAACCCCGCCAAAGAUAAGAAAAUGCUCAGGUUGUUCAGUAACGUCGUCGUUCAUACUAUGUCAAGAUAUAAAGACUCUUUAGAUCACGAGCAAUUCAAACGACGUGCUAAAGAAUUAACGAACAUCUUGUGUGAGAAGGAACGGAAGUCGACUCAUUAUCAGAGCGAGAUGUAUGAAGAAAUGAGUGCAGCAAAGGAGAUGAAGAUCAAAGCAUUUACGAAGGAUUGGAUGGUCAAGUUAUUAACAAGAAAAGGCAUCGAGAUCCCGCCACCAUCAUCGACAGGAACAACAACAACAACUAUGGCAUCAACAUCGACAGGGAAGAAGCCGAUGACGAUGUUAGAAGAGGGGGGUCAUCGAAGAGCGGAGGACCGGGCGUUGGGAUCAUCGACGGCCGAUUAUCAGGACUACAAAGCGGCCGAUGACCGGCCCUCUGAGGCUCGUGAGCCAGAUCGACAUCCAAUCCCUUCGUCAUCAAGUAAUCCUAGUAGUUGUCAGAGCGAUCCAGACUCAAGACCUCAUCCUCGGACUCAGAAUCGGAGUCGACAUCGGAGCCGGAGUCGGAGUCGAAGUCGAAGUCGGAGUCGGAGUCGAAGUCGAAGUCGAAGUAGAACUGGUUCCCAUCGGAAUCAGGAUCGCACCUUUCGUCCUCCAAACUCUAGUCCGCAACGGGAUCGCAACCCUCUCCAAGAUCCCGCUCGUGCCGGUAGAGCCGCCAAGCCUUCGAGAAGAUCUCCGUCGCCUCUCUGAUCCUGCUUCGUCUUUCUUCUCUUGAGAGAACUCUCUCUUUCUUUCUUUCUUUGGUUGAAAAUCAUUCUCUCCAUCCAUGGGUCCAUCCGGCCCUGUUCGUCUUCUCUCCUCCCCCUCUCUCUCUCCCUCUUGGACUCUUCCUUUUUUGGUAUUAUUAUGGUUACCCCUCAUCAUCUUCUUUUUUUUGGUUUUUGCGUUUGUUUUGAUGGAUGGAUCGACGGACUUAGUAGUUAAUUUUAAUCCCCCCCCGCCCCCUCCUACACUUUCUUUGCUCUCCUUUUUUUUUACAUCAGAAGUUAUCCGGAUUUUUUUGUGUAAUUAAACCACUUCUUUCACCAAGC